AUGGAGAGGCAGGAAAUUGGCCAGGUGAAAUGGGGAACGGGGAGUGGCUCUAACGGACUCAGGAUAAUCGUCCCGGAGUUUAGGCAGGCUGGAUUACCGUUCCAGCUUUCAGUUUUCGCUCUGACCUUCUACUGUAUUAUACCGAUAGAUUUAUACGAUGAGGAUAAAUCCACUUCCUUGUACGCCACAAUCAAUAAUCGGAAUAAUUAUAAGAGGAAUCUGUAUAGGCAUACUCCGAAUUCCCCUGGCAUGUCGUGCCGGGUCAAUUAUGCAUCUGGAUCGUCCUCCGAGUGGGACAUCAACGAUAGUUCAGUGCCCAGGAUCAGCGAAUACGAUGCAUUCUCGGAGUGGGCGGAUGGACAUUGCAGACUCGUCUAUAGAGCGGACUCGGAGGAAGCCAAAAGGCAUUCUUCCGGCUGGGCCAUGAGGAACACCAACAACCACAACGUGCAUAUACUGAAGAAGAGCUGCUUAGGUGUCCUAGUUUGUUCACUGAGAUGCACCCUUCCCAGCGGUGAUAGAGUCCAUCUGAGACCGGCGAUUUGUGAUAAAGCCAGAAAGAAGCAACAAGGAAAACCUUGCCCGAAUCGUCAAUGCACUGGACGUUUGGAAAUCCUUCCAUGCAGAGGACACUGCGGAUAUCCCGUGACGCAUUUCUGGCGACACACGGAACACGCAAUCUUCUUCCAAUCCAAAGGAGUGCACGACCAUCCCAGACCCGAGGCGAAGAGCACCUCGGAGGCUCGAAGGAGUCUGGGCAGCGGUCGAAGAGUCAGAGGAUUGGCCGUCCUCCUAGCAAACGAGGCGUCUCUGAGUCAUAAGUUGAUGUUGCGCGAACCGAAACGGCAAUGCAGGGAAAUGGUCCAGACCCCAAGAACUUUAAAUCCGCCACCUCUAAUCGCCGAUCAAGAGAAAAGCUAUUGUUCCUGUCCACCGUUCGAAUGCAUAUGCAACUAUCAGCCAACAGCAAUGCAACAGUACUCUCCGACAUCCUAUCAACAACCGCAGUUCAUCGAAUCCUACUGGACGCCGGAAGUGCCUCAGCAAGUGCAACCCUAUGCUGCAGAACCUAACACUCCGCAAUACGAUUUCACCAACAUCACCUCGGACCUCUUUCAGCCCGAGGAGAUCUUCCAAUUGGAUCAACCCAUAAAAGCAGAUUUUAUGAAUACUAGUCAAGAACCCGCCGGACGUUCGCCACCAACAUUAUUGGACUUGGGCAGCGGCACCAUCCACAGAGAAUACAAAAGCGAGGAGCAAUAUUGGAACCAGUCCAUUUCCAUCACGAACGACGACAGCAACAACAGCUCCAACAGCCGCUUCAAUUUCAACUCAUCACCGGACAACAGUCAAAUAUCCCUGAACAAUAAUUUAUUGCCAUCGGUAAAUCAAAACGACAUGCGAUUGUAUUUGGACACUAAAGUGGACGAGACCUAUUCGAAGGACUACCAGAAUUAUUAUCAUCAACCUCAGGGCUUCGAGGCUAUAACCGAUGCUAAGUUAUUCUUCGGCGAAGAUUCCAUGCAGAACUGCGAUUUUCAAAAGCAAAAUUAUGCGCGAUACACGCAGAACGCUGAAUACACAGACUACAAUUUAUUGUCGACUUUCGACAAUAAAAUUAACGCCGGCGAUGUAUUCAACGACAUCGAGUUUAAGAUGAAUUGUGCAGCAACUAAUCUCCACUACAACGUCGACUCCUUCGAAAAUAUUAUUUAA